CUCAACACAAUUUUUUUAGGAGAUAUAAGAAUUAUAAGUUCUUGAAUCUAAUCGUCGUCAGAAUGUAAGAAAGUUUUUGGAUUCAUAUAUAUAUAUAUAUAUAUAUAUAUAUAUGUGUUCUUCUUCACCCUAAUAAACUAAUUGAUACAGGGAGAGAGAGACAGAGAUGGAGGACGAGUAUGUUAUGAUUGACCUUGAUGACGUUUUAAGGCACAUUGACAUUCCAUCAGAUGCUCCUUAUACUUUGUCAGGUUUGGAUACUUUGAAUCCGGUGUUGACCAUUGAUGACAAAAUCAAGCUGGUUGGAGAAUAUAUAGAAACGAUUGGUACAUGCCUUGCUUUCUCUGACAAAUGUGAAAACCAGACGCCACAGAAGAAGACAGUUGCCAAACUCCACAAGAUUCUCAAGUUUAGGCUAGCACCAUUAGACAGUGAAGAUGGAGUAACAAAAACAACCACUUUGUAAAAGUUUUUCUCUUGUUCAAGUCAUCGGAAAGAUCAUAUUACAAAAAAGAACUACCGAUAGAACAUGUAGCAUCUUCCUUUGUUGCCCUUGAAAGUAGCAAUCAAACUAAGACCAAACCAAAAGGUAACUAAACUAUUCACAACUUCAACGUUUUCAUGAUUUGUGCUUGUGUUUUCAGUAAAAUACAAAUUGAACUGAAGAAACCAGUGAUGGAAUUUUUUUGCAUCCCAUGUAAUUAAAUGAAACAAAACCUGUAAUUUAAGCAUCCCCGGUCUAUUAAUAAAUGUAUUGACUCA